UGCGGGCAGAGAGGAGCUGGAGAAGAAUGCAUGCGGCUCGCGGGGAGAGGCCGCCUCUCGACCAAUGGGAAUGACGGCUUCGUGCGGCAGUGCGGAGGGUGGGGGGAGGUAUUUUAACGGGGCAGAAACCCGCAGAUCAGCCACAAGCAAAUUGUAACAGCAGUCGAGUCACCCGUGGAAGCGGCUAAGGUGUAACGCGAGUUAGCAGCAACAGCGGCGGUGGGGAAAACCGGUAUCAUCCGGGAAGCCACACUGAUUGAAGAAACAAACGUUCAACAAAGGGCAUCAUGACUGACAGAAAGGCUGUGAUCAAGAAUGCUGACAUGUCUGAGGACAUGCAGCAGGAUGCAGUGGACUGUGCCACACAGGCGAUGGAAAAGUACAACAUUGAAAAAGACAUCGCCGCCUACAUUAAAAAGGAGUUCGACAAGAAGUACAACCCCACAUGGCACUGCAUUGUGGGCCGGAAUUUCGGCAGCUACGUAACGCACGAAACCAAACACUUCAUCUACUUCUACCUGGGUCAGGUGGCUAUCCUGCUGUUCAAGUCUGGCUAAACCAUAGAUGACUGACAUGAGGGAGCUUCCUGCCCCUCCCACCUGGACUGAUGCACUGAUGGCUAAUGCUUCACCUCCUCCAUAUACACACUUAAUACACACAGAGGGGAGGGGGGGGGGGAGAGCAAAGACGCACUAUUUAAAAAAGGAAAAAAAAAAAAAACUGGCUGUGCGCAAAUGCAUGGACGGUGUACAAUAUUUGACGUGAAUAUGUUGCAGUAAAAAUCUUGCUUUUUAGUUGCUGGAAAAUAAGCAACAAGAGGAGAUUUUUGUUAAUGCUUUUUACUUUUAUUUUGUUAUUGCACUCAAGUUGUAUAAAAUGCUUUGAAAGUGGCCUUUAAGUGAAUAAUAAAGAAUAGUUCUACACUUAUUUCAAAA